AUGCAUCAAUAUAAGGUGCAGCUGACCUUCCGACAGCAAUGGAGUGACGACAGGCUCAAAUUCGACGACCUGGGAGGGAAACUUAAGCAACUGUCCCUGAGGGACCCGAGUACGCUGUGGAUGCCAGAUACCUUCUUCCAGAACGAGAUCGAAGGGAAGACGCACAACAUCAUGGUCCCGAACGUCUUAGUGAGGAUUUUCCCCGAUGGAAAGAUACUCUACAGCACCAGGGUAUCACUGACUUUGAGCUGUCCGAUGAGCAUGAAGCUCUUCCCCAUGGACAGGCAAUCGUGCCAGAUCCGGAUCGCCAGCUACGGAUGGACGACCGAGGACCUGGUGUUUCUGUGGAAGGAUGUCGACCCCGUCCAGAUCGUGAGAAACCUCCAACUCGAGAGAUUCACCCUUGAGAAGUUCUACACUGACUACUGCAAUAGUAAGACGAGUACCGGAUUUCCCUUCCGUGGGCUCCAUGUGCUCUUUCGUGAAAAGCAACUUUGGAUCCACACUAUUCACGCCCUCUGAUGACAGUGUGAGACGUGAGAGAGUCUAUCCUGGAGAGGAACAAUUGGGAAUAAUCAUCAUCACUGGCAUGACAAUAAUGCUGUAGGAAAUUGAAAAAAAAAAGUUAUUUAGAAAAAGUCCUCAUAGCCAAUAAGGCCAAAGAUGAGUUCGUUCACUGGUCGAUGCCUUCAUAUGAAGCCACCGAGAGAAACCUGCAGACCCGAAAAGAUGAAAAUCUGUAUGAAAUCAUUUCUACUCCAUGGCGACUUGCUAUUAUACAAAUUUAAACGUGGUUGAUCCUGUAGUUCUUGUGAUAUUGAACCACAGAACAUUUUUACUUUCCAAUUUCAUUGAUGCAGGGUACAUUUUUCUGUGAGUGGUAAUUAUUUCAAGAAGUGUCUUUCCCCUGAAGAAACUGAGUGAUGUCCAAGCUGAUUUUAUUAUAUAGGUUCCCGUUAUUAUGUAGACAUUAAGAAAAAUCAUAAUUUUCGGCGUAGGACUUACAUUUUCGCGGAUACAUUUUCCAAGAAUUUCUUUCCCAGUUGAACGAAAACGUAAAGAAAGCUGAAAUUGUGGACGUUAUUUGUUAGGAAAGGUGAUUUCAAGUAAAGCCUUACUUUUGAGGUCAUUCCCUCACCGCACAACGUUUUCUGUGGGAAUGUUUUUGAGUUUUCCCCUUCAGCGAAUCGGACAGUCGCAGAAAACUGAAGCAUGGCAUGGUAAUGAUGAGCUGAUCAUUUUAGGAACGAUUCUGCUUCUUUGGAAUAUGUUCAGUGGGUAUACUUUGUUAGGUGGGUUCGCCAGAUAUUUUUUUUAAGCCGCAAAACCCUCCAAAGCAGUAACUUUAAUUAUAUUUUAUGUUGUUUUCCAAACAUUCACUGCUAGAUGCAACUUGAAGGCACAAUGAAAAGCACCUAUGAUCCGAGGAGUUCGACCAUAUAGUUGGAUGUGGGAGCAUUGAAAACGGAUCCGUUGAACACAUUAGUAAUAUUCUUGAUCGUAGAGCGCCGAUGGCCCCUCCGCAGCAAAGGGUAAAAUA